AUGAGACUGCGCAUUGCCGUCGUGAGAUGGCUGCUGUCGGUCGUUGCGGUCUCAGAAUGGACAUCGUUCGCGUUUGCCGACGCAGAUGUUCCCGUGGACCUAGGCGCUUCGAACGAUGCGUUGAAGCUUGACUAUUUGCCAAAUCUCGGUUACAGGCUGAAGCUGCACGUAGGAGCCCAGGCACUGUCGCUCAAGCUGGUCUCCACCCUCGAAGGCAUAGUGCUUUUCGAGAAGGGAACUUCCGCUUGCCCCAGAACCGCGACUGAAUCACAGUGCUACGAUUCAAAGUCGUCUGAAACGGCCACGUGGUGCUACAACGGUGACGUUUGCGUGCCCGGGAAGAGCGACUUCAAGUGCCACGAGGUAAAAUCGCAUGAGUACAUAGUUACGACGACGACGACCGACUUCAGUGCCGAUGGAGUCAGCCACUCGAUGCAGACGAUCGAGGGCUUCGAGAAGGUAUCCUUCAGCGACGCCGAGCUGCCAGAUCCAGCGACGUUCCAGCGGGUGCCAGUGAAGCUGGCCAACAAGGUCGUCGCUGGAUCGCAUAUGCCCGUCAACGCUGAGGCAGGCGGUUUUUUCGGCAUCGCUGGGGGCUCCAUGGGUUGUCGGCAACAAUCCAUAUGGGAUGAACUGCUGGUGAAGUACCACGGGCUCUACGUGAUCGACUUGAACGGAGACGCUGCUGGCCACGGCGGAACUGCGUCAGCAGGUAGCCAGAUUAAGCUGGGCCAUGAUUCCGUCAAUGCGGAUGAUGUGCUCUGGGGAGAGCGUCGGCAGGUGGGCGGCAUAUUCACCGAUGCGUCCAUAGAGUUCACGGCGCACGGGAUGUCGAUGUGCGGCGUCAACCUCUUCGGGAGGACGUCGGGCUACUGGCAGGUAGCUGUUGACGUGGCGUCGCAGUGCCUGGUGCUCCCCCUGAACUUCUGGCUCAGCCUCAUGGCACAGCUGCCGGUGGAGGAAGGCUGCUACGACAAGCAGCCGCCGAAAAUGUGCGCCAUACGUCGAGGCGAGGUCGCCAAGCUGCCAGCCAUUGAAUUCAAGCUGCGCUACGACUCCGACGACCAGGUCGUCCGGAUACCGCUGCAGCACCUGCUGCUGGACAACGGAGGCUCGCCCCUACUGUGCGUCGUCCCCGACGAGGACACGCCUUCGCCCCUGCUGUUCACCAACCGCCCCAGCAUCAAGCUCGGGUACAAGGUGCUGGAGUCGCUGCAGGUGGUUGUCGACACGAAAGGCCACCGUGUGGGCUUCGUGCACAAGAGGCCUGUGGAAACGUCGAACGAGAUCUGCGUCCCCCCGGUGCAAUGUGUCGGAGAUCAGACGUACUUGCCGGAGCUGAACUACUGCCUGCAGCCCUCGUGCCGAAUUUGGGCCUUCAAGUGGCUCGACCCAGCCACAGGGCGAUGCUACACCCCGGUAGUGCUGACGACCUUGAUGUACCUCGUGAUUGCGUCGCUGUUUGUGGCGCAGUGCGGCAGCUUCAUCGUCAGGCGCCGGGUCAUGCGCCGGGCCCGCCGGCUAUGCUAG